GGAGCGGGAACGUGGUGGGGAAAAGGAGGAUGUAGGUGCGGCUGCCGAACUUCUACUGUACUUCAGCACUGAGAUAUUGUAGUGAACAAGUUUAUUGGAAGGAAUAUUUCUGGGAGAGCAAUUUUUAGCAAAUAUUGGAGAACAUAUGGAAAAAGUAAAUUUUGCAAAAGAUGCAAAUCUGUAGUACUGAACACUAGCUGGUUUGGUUAUCUCCAGGAUAGCUUUCUCUUCUCCGCUGGGAAUAGUAGACAAGCAGGUUUUGUGUCAGGUAGAGGUGCCAGACUCACUGACAGCACCUGUCACCAGAGAGGAGUGCAGCAGAAAUGCAAGCAGCCAUCAGAUACCUCCACCAAGGCACACUCUGACCUGAAUGGAACACUUAUAAGGAGGUGCGCGAAUGCGGCAAGAAACGUUUCUGUAAAUAGGCGUUUGGAUUUCAAAAUGAACUUGCUUUGACAGCAUUUGUGCCCCUUGUGUGCAUACCUACAAGUUUGUUCAUCCGGACCGUAAAUUUUUAAACAAAUGCUACAGGACGUUUGCAGCCAGCACAUAUCAAAUCCGUAACUGAAACCCAACCAAGUGCCAAGCAAUGAGAGCUGAUCCUCUGUUGGUGUAAAUCAGCAUAUCUCCAUGGGCAUCAAGGAAAUUACACUGAUCUACACCAGAUGAGGUUUUGAAUGAAAUUAUGCUUUACAGACAGCUUCCAGUUUUUACUACGCAACAGGAACCAGAGUCCGAUCCCAGAGGUGACGUGGGACUCUGGGCUCAAGGAGAUGAAUGAGACUUGGAAGGGAGCUAUUGCCUGCCUCGGGGUGGCUGUCUUCUUCGUGAUGACCAUCGGGAUUAUCUACUGGCAAGUGGUGGACCAGCCAAACAAGAACUGGAUCUUGAGAGGGAGCACCAGUGGUCUCAUCUGGGAGCGAAGGUCUCACUCCCUCGUCCUGCAGACCCUGAGCGAGGAGAAGACCCUGGUGGAGAUCAAUGUGGGCAACUUCCCAGACAUGGAGCAGCCCUUUGUGAAGAACUUGUGCUGGCUGAACAAGACGGAGUUCUGCUAUACCUGGGAUGCAAUGGCAGAUCUGGAGAUCUCCCUUGAACCUGGUCCUUCCGCCAGCACAGAGUGCUACAGUAUAAACUGGACUCCUCUGCACUGCAAGAUUACACUAAAGGAUUGUUUUUCAAUGACUAAUGUCUCCUGGUACGGAGGAGCAAGCAUCAGAGCCCAGCGCUGGCCUUUGAACAAUGUGAAUACAAAGUCCCAGCCAUUUGUUAUCAGCAACCUCACCAAAAAUCCCACCGGCUAUGGAUCUGUCUUAGAAAAAUACUUUUUGGGAUCAACAGGGGUGACAGUGACAGUUGCACCAGACGUCCCUAUCUCCCUCUCAGUGGAGAGCAACAGGCACUUCUGUCUUGAGAGCCCUUCCAGCAUAGCCAUGGUCCCCCUACAGUAUAUGGUGUGCAUCAGUCAAAACAUCACAGCUGCCCACCAGGAAGUAGGGAGCCAGCUCUCAGAGCAGGAGAGGAGGCUGCCAAACACUGACAUAUUAGGGUUGCCAAUCUGUAGGCAUUACAAAGCAGCGGAUUCUGCUGCCAAAAUGGAGCGAGGAUUAAGGUCUUUCUUCAACAGAUUGAAAAGACAUCAUCUCGGGGAGGGGCUAAUUGCUCUCAACGAACAUUCCACAAUGUUACUUUCCAAUGCGGACCAUAUGCACUUGCCCAUGGCUAGCAGGAAGAUGCAUGCUCUGAGACACACCAGGGACCUCUCGUUAAUUAAACCUCUGAAGUUUUCCAUAACUCUGUCCCCGUAUACAAGCAUUAACUCCCAGCUGUUUCUGUCGUCUCUGCAAGAGGGCAAAGAAAAUUACUGGCUGAGCCUCCAAUCGAAAUUUGACAGCCACCCGACUCCUCUGCUUACCAAGUGGAAAGGGCAGUUUUCUGUCCGUCUGAACGUGACCAAUGAUGCUGCAAGAAGCUGGUACAUGGACAGGAUGAGCCUCUUGUGGCAGAGACUGGGAGCGCAGUACGUGACUUUUGAAGGUGCUGAAGGAAACACGUUUGCAGAGCAGGCAAUCCAGCCACCCAGAGAACUGGAAGGGGAUAAAUAUAUUGGCAUUUUUGCACUAAUGGCAGCUACGCUGGGAAAUUCGACAAUAAUUAGUGCCGUCACAAGAUCUAACCAUCUGCCACUCUUCAUUCAAAUGACCCCGCUCCAGUCGGACUGGAGCUAUGCUGGUUUGAAGGGAAUUAUACCUUCUGUGCUUCACUACAGUCUUCUUGGCUACAACUUCUUCAUUCCAGAUGCAGUAGGAGGGACCCUGGCAAAUGAGUUCCUGACAGAAGAAGAGUUGUAUAUUCGUUGGCUGCAGAUUGUGACGUUCCUUCCUGUGAUGUCCUUCAGCACUCCGCCAUGGGUCUGCUGUGAUGACUGGGUACUGAAUCUCACUAGGCAAUACAUACAGAGGCAUCAAGAUUUUGUUGUCCCGCUCAUUGUAAAAUUCAGCAAGGAAUGGCUCUCGUGGGGGUAUCCCAUCUUCCGGCCGCUGUGGUGGCUCAGCCCUAAUGACCCAGUCACCUUCACCAUAGAUGACGAAUACCUCAUUGGAGACGAGGUACUGAUUGCCCCAAUUACAGAACAAGGCCGAGUUCAGAGAGACAUCUACCUGCCUGGGGAAGGCCACAAAUGGAUGGACACCAAUACUGCCCAGGUGUUUGAUGGAGGAACCUUAAUCAGGAACUACUCAGUCAGUCUUGUGGAGGUGCCAGUUUUUGUAAAAGCCUCCUAGAUUCCGGGCUGUCCCAGCUCUCAAAAGAUUCACCUACUUCUCAGAAGAGCGAUGUUGACAAGACAUACUCUCUUCCUUUUCAGCCAUUUGUGCUUUUCCAGGAACUCUUUUUUUAUACAAGUGUUUAAAUCCAUUACUGUGAUUUGCUACCAUUCUAAAAUAGUGAAAUACUGCAGGAGCUCUGGUACAAAAAAUACCCCAUGUGCACAUGCAGCACAUCUGCUGAGAUCAUCCAGGUUCAUCUGACCCUAUCCUGUGUGUUAUCUACCAAGAAUGUCUCUGAUUAACUAGUAGUGAAAGAGAGACACCUUCAAAGUCACCAGGGUAAUGAGAAAGCAGAUGGAUUUAAUGUCUACUGGAAAUAUUCCCAUUUGGGAAAAAAAAUCAUUAAAGUAAAGAGGAAGCUCUAACAGAGCCAGGUAUGGACAGACAGCAGGACUGGCUGCCUUGAAAAGAAACAGUCUUGGUUGACCAGGUCUAACUGCCUGCUGGAGUCUUAGUGAAACAGGAUUGCAUCAUCACUUACCUUCUACAGACUGCAACUUUUGGUUUGGGAAAACUGCAGCAUCCAGUUCUGGGUCUUGUGUCAAUGUCUUUAUUUUUGUCUAGGAAAAAGUUAGAGUCUUAUUAUUAGACAAAACUUACAAAAGAGGAAAGGGCAGAGAAAGCUGUUCUGUAAUGUGUGGCUGCAGGUCACCAAUGUGAGGAGUCUUCUCCAUUCCUUAUGGAUGAUUAUUUGCCUUGUGUGGUUUUAGAGACUAUCCUGUCUGCUGCCUUCUGCCCCUGCUUUCUCACCUCAGAGUGCCUGCCUCCCAUGGCUUGAUAACACCCCAAAACUGAAAUCAGCCUUAGUUUAUUUUUGGAACUAAGCCUAUUUGAAGCACAGGGAUGUGUGUAUUAUGCAGCAGCUGGGACUCAGUAAACCGAGGAUGUUCUCGAAUGGCAGCACUUAAGACAUUCAAAAGGUUCUAGGAGGCUACAAAGAGAAGAUUAUUUUCUGUAACAUUAAGAGCUCAGCAAACACGAGUUCUUAGUAGCUGAUAAGAUGCUGCAGAGGCUGGACAUACAUAGUGUUAGCAUACCUGGAGGGAAGGAACAGCUUCCAAGUGAAUUCAAAUGACCUUACCAAGGGGUGCAUAUAUAUAGGAGGAGUGGGCUCAGAUUUUCAAUGCUAAAAUUAAUGUAUAUGGUACAAUUUCUUUGUGUAUCCCAUGACAAGUACCCAACUUCAGUCAUGGCAAAUGUCUUACUGCUUUGCCAUACCUUUGGGAUAGAUGGGCCAGAUGCUUAGCUGGUAUAAGCCAGCAUUGUUCUAUUGACAUUAGUGGAGUUAGGCCAAUUUACACCAGUUGAUGACCUCUCUCGUCUUCCUUUUAGAUCAGGAACAGCUCAGGAUUUUCCUAAUCU